AUGGCGGCCACCAACAGGCUCAACAUCAGGUCGCGAGCGCCGGCCGGCGUCGUCGGCCUGCUCCUCGCGACGUGCCUGUGGCUCGCAGCGACCGUCGCGAGUACCACCAGGCCGCUGAAGGUGUCGUCGUCAGAGGGGGAUGGUGCGCAGCAUACGGUGGAGUCGCCGCCGGUGGGUUACAUCAUCCAGACGGUGGUGGUCGGGACCGCGGCGGAGCAAGACGGCGGUGCUGCAGGCCGCAGCAGGUUGAUGAACGUCGACAUGCUCGGCGGGAUCAAGAACUCCGGCCCGAGCCCCGGCGACGGACACUAG